AUGAGUUACGAAAUCCCUACUACAUGGCCUCUAGGUCAUUUACAAAUUGCUGCAGCACUCUUACUGAGCAUCUUGGGCUUUGGAUGGUUCUUUUUUUUAUCAACUGUUAUAAGACUUCGAUCAUUGGAUCAAAUCAAAAAUAAGGGUUCGAUACCAAUUUUAGAGACUGUAGUGCCAACAAACUUUGUAGAUAUUUUUUAUAUAUUAAAUAUAAAGUUCUUGACACCGAGAUUAAUUACUUGUUUGGUGGUUAUAUUUGGUCUAGUAUUGACAAGUUUUGAAGGUGUUAUUGUUCUAAACACUAUAAGUAUGGUUGAAUUAUGCGGCACAAGUGUCGUAAUUACACAGGCAAAAAUUACCAAUGAUGAUAAUACAGCAGUACUUUGGUCCCAUGCUGAAGUAGAUGCGAUGAUGCAGAGAAGAAGAAAUAGUAGUCUAUCGGAUGGAACACUAGUAGGACAAGUUCCAGUAGAUUCUCGUUGGAGAUUUGAUCCUCAACUUGAUGUUGAUCCUUAUCCAUUGAGAUCUUCAUGUUUAACCUAUAAAUCUGGAAUGACCCAAGUAAAUAUGAACACUUCUGUAUUGCAUGGAUUGGGUAAUUUAUAUGAAUUAUUGCCAGAGGUACAUUCUGAAUAUAUAUUUCGUAACACUCCCGAUGGAUACAAUUAUACAGAUGAUGACUUUAGGACUAAUGUCUAUUACAACCGCACAAUUUACUUGAACUAUACGAGUACGGAUCAAUCUGACUAUCGGGCAAAUGGUGCUUUGAUAUUAGCAAUGGAAUUUUUUGAGAGGGGAAACUUUAGUGAGAUUGGUGCUGGCAUAAUAUUCAGAAUGUGGACACUUAGGGUGCCAGAAACCACAAGAAUUCCUUAUCAGCCAAGUCAUCCUGAAAUAAGUGAAAUUGUAUCAGUACCCAUUGUUGUUAAGGCGUACACAUGUGAGGUUAAACGCGUUAAAGAAGGUAAUCAUGGCAGUCAUAAUAUGUACUUUAAUUCAUAUUUGGAGGUAGCAGGUGACCUUGUUGCAAGAAAAUGGAGUUCAGCAGUCGUAAGGGGUAAGGACACUUCAAUAUAUGAGUAUACACCAGAGCAUUGGGCAUCAUAUCAAACUGUGAAAGAUGUAGAGUCAGGAACAGAUGAAGAAGUAUCUGUACGAAUAAAUAUUCCAUGCGUUUCAAUCGAUUAUUCUUAUUGUUUAUUAGUAUGGAUAUAUAUAAUAAUGAUUUCACUGGGGUGUAUAUUUCGGAUAAAAAUUCAUAGAAAUAAACUUAAAAUCCCAAGUAAUGUUGUUGGAUGGGUAAUUUGUGCUUGUAAAGAAUCCAUUUCAUCCAAAGAAUUCAAAGCUGUUGUUGAUGGCGAUGAUAAAAAUCUAGCCAAGCAAUCUGAAUUCAGAGAAAAGGAUUCUGAAUUAAAAAUAGAAAUAAUAGUGACGGAAGAUUGA